AUGGAUGCUAGAAUGGAGUCUCAGGCUCCGGCAACAUCGCCGCCGGUUAUACACCCGGCGGUGGCACCACUCUCAUUCCUUCUGGGCACUUGGAGGGGCCAAGGAGAAGGAGGCUUCCCCACUAUACAUUCCUUCUCCUAUGGCGAAGAAAUUCACUUCUCCCAUUCCCCCUACAAGCCUGUGAUAGGGUACACUCAGAAGACAUGGAAACUCAGCUGCGGAGAGCCUAUGCACGCUGAGAGUGGAUUCUGGCGUCCUAAACCUGAUGGUACCAUUGAAGUUGUGAUUGCUCAAAGCAAUGGUCUUGUGGAAGUUCAGAAAGGGAGAUACAGCUUUGAAGAGAAAUUAAUACAACUUCAGAGUGAAAUAGUGGGGAAUGCUUCUAAGGUUAAAGAGAUACGAAGAUGUUUCCAGCUGGUUGAUGGGGUCCUUUGUUAUGAUGUUCAGAUGGCUACCAACACAAUAACUCUUCAACCACACCUGAAAGCAACACUGAAGAAGCUCUAA